GUAUGGUCUGCAAGAUGGCACAGCAGCUACGAGUUGCACAUGCGAUGUGACGGACAGGUCGCUUCGGCUGCUUGUUGGUUAUUGCCUCUCCUGCCACGGGCUCUCGAGGGCGGUUCAGAGGACAGGUUACAUUGGACGUUUGCGUGGGGAGAGGUGCGAAACUACCCUGGAGUAUCCGUUGCAAUUUCCAUGAAGCUCUCCAAGAAGGCGAUAUCGGCGGGUUGAGGUGUUGGGGUGGAGGGAACAUGGACGGGCGUUCUCGUGACUCAUGGAAACAUCAGACGAGGUUCACCCGCGUUGCUAGCGACGACUUUGUUCCGGUAUUUUCCGAGGGUCCAGCGUGGAAAAGGACGAACAUGUCUGGCGUAGCCCACGUACGGAGUGGCGGUCCUCUUGCGAGCGGUCAACGACGUGUCCUGCUGGCGCGAGCAAAGCGAGAAAACAAAGUCAUCUGUCGAGACGUGGAGGUGUGCAGCUUUUUGAGAGCUGCGCACAACAAGCAAGAGACUGGAGCAUCAGCACAGGGAUUUCUCCGAAGCUCCGGGCAUCGUUGUCACAUGCGUCGCUGCAGGCGCAAAGUGUCUCGCUGGAGAAUAUGGGACAUUUUUUUGUACUCUCCAAAACCUGGCUCUAUGACGCCGCGGCGCAUCGGCUGGCUGGGGGUUCAACUGAUAAGGAGUUCACGGUUGAGAUGACCACGCCGAAUUACAGGAGAGCAACCACAAAGCAGUGGCGGGACACGAGAGUCCGAAGCAAUUGAGCCAAUGCGAGGCAACGGGAUUACAGCAGCCAGGCCGUGUUUGGCCUGCCGGCGUACGCGG